CGCUUACCUGCGCAUCGAAUCUUAUGAGAAUGUCCCUUCGAUUUCGGUCUAGACCAGUGAUACGAAUGCGGAGAUAUGGAUCCGUUUUCUCGAGGGUACCCCCAUUCGACAACUUGUUUGCUUUUGGAGAGAUGAGUCCUCGCUCUGGCUGGCCAUAUAUUUGCGGCUCUUUAGUGUUAGCAUCAGAGUCAUUGUGAGAAGGUGGCGAAGGGGUUGCUGGUCUUGGAAACGUCGGGGAAUCUCUUUGAUGAAAGUGAGGCGUUGUUGGCCAUGGAGGAGGCUCUAAUGAUGACGAGGAUGCGAAGGGGGAUGGUGAUGCAGGGUUAAGAGGGUCGUAUGUACCGCUCAUGGAGUUAAGACUGCGCGUUUGGAGAAGCAACGGAAGCAAAGGUAUUGGUGUUGCCCAAAUUGAAAAGCUAAGCGCCAGGUGGCAAGAGGCGCUUGGCAAUGUGAGCUCUGUAACAUUAUCUGGUGAUGGAGUAGACAGUCUCCAAAGAAAUUGCCAGCUGCCUGGAACCUCGCUUCUCGGAACUAAUGGGCCUACCCUAUUAGCUCGCGUGCGCGAGCAUCAACACAAUAUUGGACUCUUGACCCACAUUUACCUACAUUCCAUCACAGCAGCUGGGUCCUCGGAUGGAAUUGUCUUCAGUGCGCCUACCAAAACAAGCUGUUUCAAUUAUGGUCGAAAUGCCACCCUCUGUGGUUUGGCUCGCUUCUUGCCCUUCUCUUUGUAUGGAGUAAAAGUUACCACAGUGCAGAGUCUAUGGCCUCUAGCAAUUCGGCUAGUUCUAAACUGCGAACCAAGAACUUGAGGUUGCUUUCCGCGCAUUUGCCGACCGCUUC